UUCUCUCUUCUAAGGUCGCGAUAAAACUGGUUUUCCCAGACCGUCUUCAUUAAAAUAAUCGCCCAAGGGCUUCGUUCAUUUUAAUCCACCGUCGUCGUGGUCGUAAUCAAAUGAACAACGUCAGUGUGCAUCAGAACCUAUAACCAACCAUGGACCCACCCGAAGAAGCAACAACUAUAUCAGCAAAGUCAAAACUGACUCAGCUACUACAUCGGAUCAGGGAAGUCAUCACAGUUGAGCCAGUGAUAGCGUCAUACCUCAUAGCGGUCACCUUGGCCAGUCCAGCUAUCCAACAGCUACAAUACGAAAAGGCUUGCAGAGCCAACCUGGGGCUGAACAAGACAGUUUGCGACCAAAUAGCUGGAGACGGAAGCUAUCUAUAUCCGAACGAAACUGAGCGAGUGCAAUUAGCAAUCGGUAACUUGAACAGCUGGAAUUUACCAAUUAGCAGUGUGAUCCCGUUGGUUCUAGUGCUCUUUCUAGGCGCUUACAGUGACAGACAUCAGUGGCGUAAACCGUUUCUGAUCAUGCCCUUGCUAGGUGAACUGAUCGCACUUCCUUUAGGGAUCUUAUCAGUGAUUUACAUGGACUCUUGGACUAUUGAAACUCAUGCCGUAGUGCAAGUGCUGCUACCGAACUUCUUCGGUGGUCAAACUAUGCUCAUCAUGGCCCUAUUCGCUUAUGUGGCCGACAACAGUACCUUGGAAAUGAGAACUCUGCGUCUCGGUAUAGUGCAAAUAGUGAUAAACGUUUGCAGUAUCACCACGAGUUUCGUUAGUUCCCGGGUGUUCAAUGCGGUCGGUUACCUUGGGAUUUUUGUGAUUGCCGGUGUGUGGUUUCUUAUAGGGAUCGUCUAUGCUCUGAUGUGCAUCAAAGAGAACCGGAAGUCGGAAGGGGAUGUGAAAAAGAACGUGUGCGCGGACAUAUUUGAUACCACGCAGGUCGUCGAUACUGUUAAUGUGAUUUUUAAGAAGAAACCCGGGAAUAAGCGAUUGCAGUUUUUGUUGAUAUCGCUCGGUUUGUUUGUGAUGUCGAUGGUAAACAUCGGGGAGGGCAGCUUAUGGUUUUUAUAUACCAAGGAGUUUUUAGGUUGGGAUCUGGUCGACUUGACUAAUUUUAGCACUUUUAAUACGUUGAUUCAUUUGGCUGGUACAACGGUGGCAAUACCGCUCUUCACCAAAGUCCUGAAGCUACACGAUUUGACCAUUUUACUAUUGGCCUUUCUCAAUAAAAUCCUGUCGAAUAUAAUUAUGGGUUUUGCAAGAACCACAGCUAUCAUGUACGUUGCUUCCGUCGUAAGCUUAAUAAUAGGGGUGACUACCAUCUCGUUACGUUCGCUCACCACCAAGGUGGUCAUACCGGAGGACGUAGGCAAGGCUCAGUCUCUAUUUGCCAUAGUCGAGACCCUGGGGGCCAUGGUGGCUGGCCCCUUUUAUAAUAAAGGGAUUUACGUGAACACCUACGCCAGUGCGCCCUCGUUCUUCCUCUUCGUUUGCCCGAUUCUAUAUGGUGCAUACAUCUUAGUCAUUAUCUGGAUGUACUUUAAGGACCGAAGGGAACAAACAGCAGAGCCUUCCGGGGAGUCUCCCGCAGAAAAACCGACAGAUCUCCAAACUGAAACCGGUAAUAUGGGUAUUGCCAACGAAGCAUUCCAGGGUGACAAGUCUAUUCCCUUACAGGAAAUUCACUCCACACAUAUGUAAUUCUCUUAUGACAAAGGGACAAUACUGUAUAUACACUUGUUAAAAAAAUAUAUUUUUUCUUAAGUUUA